AUGGUUGUAUUUGACAAUAAUUUAAAUGAAUCCGAUUCAAUACAAUGUUAUUAUGGUGAAUGUGAUAGUUUAUUAGCUAAUUGUUGUAGUAAAACACAUUUAUCAUCAACUUUUAAAUUUCGUACAAUGAAUAGACAACGAAGACAGAUGGCCUUCGAAGCACUUCGACAAAUGAAAUUACAACAGCAAACAGAAAUUUUUUCCACAAGAUCAAAAAGACGUAGAAAUAAAAAACGUUUCUAUAGAGCACUAUGUUGUACUGACUUACACAUUAGUGAAAGUCAAUCAAGUGUUUAUUCUUCUGCAAUGGCUACUAUUAAAUCUAAAUCUCACAUUCCAUCAACAGGUCUUACUAAUGAAUUUUAUUUUGUAUCACAUAAACCUGAUGGUGAUAAUGAAAAAACACCACCAGUAUUAAUGCGUAGUAAACAUCGUUCAUCAAAUCUUCAAACUAUACCUAUUGAUAAUAUAUCAUCAACAUUAAAUAAUCGUCGUCCAAUAUCAUCACCUGUACGUUCUACAACAUAUGUUCUUCAACAACAUCAUAGAGUUCAUAAUAAUAAUAAUAAUAAUAUUAAUCAGAAGAAAAUUUCAUCACCUGUACAUCUACCGCCAUCAUCAGCAACACCAAUGACAUUAAAUAAAAAUCGACAAAUACAACAGCAACGUACCAAUUCCAAUCAUGAAAAGUUACCAUUAUCAACAGUUGAUUCAACAAUAACAAAUCAACACCUUACUUCUCGUACACAUACUGUAUUAACACCACGUCGUACGUCACCCAUGAUUAAAAAUACACCAAUAAAGACAGCAACAUCUACAUCAAGGUCCCCUCGCAUUGCAAAUACUCCACCAAUUCGUUCUUCUCGUCCAUCAGCACCAACACCACCAACACCAAUUCAACAACGUUCGCCACGUAUUCAACUUCGUCCUUCAAAUUUAACACCAACAUCUCAACGAACCAUAUCAUCAUCUCCAACAACAAAUAAAUCAAUUCGUCCUCAAUAUACAUUAUCAAAAUCACCUGACAAAUUACGAUCUGCUAAUGGUACAGUAACACGUCCACGACAACCACAAACGAUUGUUAAAAAAUCUAAAUUAAAUAAUACAAAUACUACAACUAAUAAUAUUAAAACACGUACAUCUGUUGUUGUUCAAUCUGCAUCAUCAUCAGUAGCAACUCCUCGUGUUUCUGAUCUUGAUGCAUUAAUGGCAGAAAAACAUAUUAUUAAUAAUAAUAAUAAUAACAAUGAUGAUGAUAAUAAUAAUAAUAAUAAAACAUCACAUAAUAUUGAAUUAAAAUCAACAAUUAUUUUUCCACCACCAAUAGUUAAUAAUAUUCGACGUUCAUUAUUUUCAACAGAUUCUGUUAAAGUAGUUCGACCUGUUCGUAGUCAAGAAUUAAAACUUUUUUCUUAUCAUUUAAUUACUGAACCAUUAUCAUUACCACAACCAUCACCAGCAUCUAAUGAAAUAUCAUGUGAAUCAAAUAUUGAUGAUACACUUUCAAUUUUAACUCCAUUAUCAGCAGGACAGAUAAUAGAUAAUAAAUUUGUUGAUAAUGAAAUCAUUAUAAAAAAUGAUGAUGCAUCGUCUAUUACUUCUGUUAUUACACGUGAUCUUUCUGAAGAUAGUCUUAAUGAACAUUAUCAUAUUAGAAAGUUACUUAAUGAUAAUGCAUUAACUUCAGCAAUUAACAAUGAUAAUAUACAAGAUAGUUCAUCAAAUGAAGAUAUUCCUGUAACAUCAUGGUCACGUAUACGUUCAUCAUGUGAAAGUAAUAUAUCACAUAUUGUACCAUUAAAAAGUGAAACAUCAACAAGUCCAGCUUUAUAUAAUGGUCCUAUACGACAAGAAGAUAUUCAUAUGGCUAGUGAUGGACGAUAUUUUCUUUUGAUUGAUGAUAAUUUAAGUAGUGAAGAAAGUCAAUUAAAUAAAACAACGUCAUCAUCAUUAUUAUCUCGGUCGAUUUCACCAUUGAUAAAAACAUCAAUAACAUCAUUAAAAAAAGAUAAAAAUCUUAUACAUCGUUUAGUAUUUCCACCACGUCUUGGUCGAAUAUUAUUUUAUCGUCGAAUAUUAUCAGAUUCAGAUAUAUAUCAAAAACUUUGUUCAAAAGAUAAUGAAAUUAAUCAUAAUGUAUAUCAUUUAGAUACAAUACGUGAUUAUUCAAUGGAAUUUUAUAUGUUAACAACAUAUGCUUCUGAUUCACAAUUACGAGCUUGGCUUGAUAGUAAUUAUGAUGAUAUUGUCAAUAAUACUUGUUAUUUCGAUGAUAAUCGAUAUCAAUCACUUGAUGAUGAUGAUGAUGAUGAUGAUGAUGAUGAUUUAGAUAGAAAUCAAAUAAAAAUGAAUAGUAGUAGUGAUAGUAUUAUUCGUGAAGACGAUUUAAGUCAUUUACAAGGUGAUGAAGAACUUGAUUGGUAUUCUGAACUUGAAUCAUUUAAUAUAUCACCAAAUAAUCCACAGUGGAAACAUGAAAAUGUAUCAAGUUGUUCAAGUGAGGAUCAUGUUGGAGAAUUAUUACGUGCUGAACAGUUUUCUGUAUCGAGUUUAACAACAACAACAUCAGCUGAUUCAUCAAGUUCAACUGGUCUAAUAUCAGCUUCAUGGCCAUUAACAAAUGGUAUUAAUUAUCAAGUUCAUUGUCAGCGUUCAUCUCAAUCUCUAAAUUCACCUCCAUUAUCAAACUUUGAUGAUCAAAGUCAUACAAUUUUAAAAGAAAUUUUAACAUAUCCAUGGACAAAUGAAAUAUCAAAUACAAAUAUCAAUCGUCAAGAAACAAGAAAUGAUCAUACUGAUAAUCAUACAUCAUCAUCUAUUGUUCCUGAUGAAUUUCAACCUGAUUUCUAUUAUUUAUGUCCACUUAAAAAUACCACAAGUUUUGUUAAAACCGAUGAAAAAUCCGAUGGUAUUCAAAGACAAUUAUCCCAUGAUGUAUAA